GUGCAACUCUCUCUCUGGGAGGGUGGAGGUGGGAUUUAAGAAGAUUGGCAUCCCGAUGCGCGCCUCCUCCCAGCAGCUCCCCUCUCCAGCCCAGACCUAGAAAGAGACACAGGCCGGUGGCCUCUUGCCAAGUCCCGGCUUGGGCGGUGAGGGAGGAGGGCCAGGGGCCCCGGGAGGCGUCCUUUGCAAUCCUGGGGCCACUCCCGCAGACUCUGGCCCUGCGGGCGCGAGCUGGCAGCACAAAAGGCUCCGGCGGGUCAGGGCCGGCCCGCGGCGGGAGGUAGCCUCCAGACCCCCCCACCUGUUGCGGGGCGCAGCUGGCUGCGGAGAUGGGCCGCUACUCCGGCAAGACGUGCCGGCUGCUGUUCAUGCUGGUGCUCACGGCGGCCUUCUUCGUGGCCGAGCUGGUGUCCGGUUACCUGGGCAACUCCAUCGCGCUGCUCUCGGACUCGUUCAACAUGCUGUCUGACCUGAUCUCGCUGUGCGUGGGCCUGGGCUCCGGCUACAUCGCGCGGCGCGGAGCCCGCGGCUCGCGCGCCACCUACGGCUACGCGCGGGCCGAGGUGGUGGGCGCGCUCAGCAACGCCGUCUUCCUCACCGCGCUCUGCUUCACCAUCUUCGUGGAGGCCGUGCUGCGCCUCGCGCGGCCCGAGCGCAUCGACGACCCCGAGCUGGUGCUCAUCGUGGGCGCCCUGGGGCUGGCGGUCAACGUGGUGGGGCUGCUCAUCUUCCAGGACUUCGGCGCCUGCCUCUCCCGCUGCGCGCGGGGCCGCUGGGCCCGCCCUCCGCACCAGGGGGACCCCUGUGGCGCUCUGGGGAGUCCCCAAGGGGCUGUGGCAGCCACAGCUCCCGGCUCGGACACAGCAGUGACUCACCGGGGGGCCUCGGCCGAAAGAAAGCAGCAGGAGGGCGCCACCGUGUUCUCGAACGUAGCAGGUGAUACCCUGAACACCGAGAAUGAACCAGAAGAGACGGUGAAAAAAGAGAAGAAGUCCGAAGCGCUGAAUAUCAGAGGUGUUCUCUUGCACGUAAUGGGAGAUGCCUUGGGGUCCGUGAUUGUGGUUGUCACGGCCAUCAUCUUCUACAUACAUCCCCUGAGACCUGCAGACCCGUGUAACUGGCAGUGCUACAUUGACCCCAGCUUGACUGUUGUCAUGGUCAUCAUUAUUUUGGCAUCUGCCUUUCCGCUGAUCAAGGAGACUGCUGUCAUCCUGCUGCAGAUGGUCCCCAAGGGAGUCAACAUGGAAGAACUGAUGAGCAAGCUCUCCACCGUGCCCGGAAUCAGCAGUGUGCACGAAGUACACAUCUGGGAGCUAAUAAGCGGGAAGGUCAUCGCCACUCUGCACAUCAAGUACCAGAAGGGCACAGAGUACCAGGAUGCCAGCAGAAAAAUCCGAGAGAUCUUCCACCAUGCUGGAAUCCACAGUGUGACCAUCCAGUUUGAAACAGUGGACUUGAAGGAAACCCUGGAGCAGAAGGACUUCUUGCUGACCUGCAGUGCCCCCUGUCUCUCCCAGAGCUGUGCUAAGAAGCUGUGCUGUCCCCCGGGGACACUGCCACUGGCUCUAGUCAACGGUUGUGCAGAACACAAUGGUGGGCCUCUAGAGACUUACCGAAGCACCAGGGCUACUCCGGAAGUAGCUGUUGAUAUGGCUUUGGAUGGAUGUCCAAGGGAGCAGGGACAGACUCUUAGCAAGACUCAAGAGGGACAACAUUCUGAAAACAGUACUCAUUUUUAGUGGGUUCCCAAGCACAAUCAGACUGUCUGGACAGGUGCUCUGGCGUCACCAGCUCUGCCUGUGGGAAGAGCUUUGUGGGUGUAUGCCCUGCCAUUAGGGGUCAGCUGUGGGGGAUGUUAGUGGAUCAAGCCUGCUGAUUUUCAAGUGGAGGAUAACCCCUCUCCGUUACCCUGGGCAUCUCAUGCUUCUCUGCAACAGUCUUAGUAUGACCUUGAAUUUCCUAGAGCAGACUGCCCUAGUCUUUAUAUCAGGAGUAUUGAAGGCUGGGACUCAGUGACCAUGACACAGGACUGGGAGUCAGUCUGGUCUGUCUCGCGGUGCUGGGGAGCUGAACACAGGGCCUGUGCGUGCUGAGAAACAGCUCUGUUACUGAGAUGAACCCUGGAGCCCUUGUUUUUAAGCCCAUCGGAACUUGUAGCCGACUCUCAAGAGAGCUCAAAGCUUAAGUGGGCAGAAGAAAGAUCAGAGCACACUGACUAUGUUUUCCUCUCUUCCCCUCAAAGAUCUUAAAAGAUGAACGUCAGCUGUUUGUGGCGAUGCAGAAUUAUAUAAUCUCAAGUCCAUUCUUGGAUCACGAGAAAAUGGGUGCCUAAUAAAUAAAUGCAAAAUGCAUAGCUAUUAAGGUGGAAAAAAGGUUAGACGGGGUAGACUUUGCGAGGGUGGAGGGAAUGACGAAGUUUGGGCCAUCUCUGUUUUGUGAGGGGUGAGAUGGCUGACAUCACUUCCUGCUGGGAACUUAACUGUGGCUAUGGUGUAUCUCUUCUCCCUUUGUAGUGCUUAUUUACCAUCUCUGAGAGUCUCCAGGUAGGAUAGUUGCCGCAUAUAAUUCUGAUAAUGAUUUUCUUACCCAGAUUUCCUCAAAGUCUUCUCUUUAUAAUCACAUUGAUCCAUGUAGCAUUGAUGAGGGGGGAGAUGAAUUUUCCGGGGACAGGAGAAUACUCAUUCCUGCCAGAUAAAUAAGCUAGCCUGCCUUUGCUUUAACUAGGCAUAUUUUAAAGUAUUUAUUGUAGUUGCCAAAUGGUAACUUAAUGGAAGAGUUGAUACCCAAGUGAGAAAUGAAAAGUAAUUUAAUUGCUGAUUUUAAUGUAUUUGGAGGCUUUUAGAGUUUCAUGUCGCUGACUUAUGUUACCAAGUUCAAAUAAAUUAUAUGUUUCAGACAUAUAACUGAACUGGUAGGAGGAAAGUGCAGAAAUGCACUUUCUGUCUGUCACAUGUUUUGCUUCUUGUUUGGGCAAAGCCUCAUAGGUGUGGUAUGGAGGUGCCUGACUGAUAGAGCCAGCAUCUUAUUUAACAAGUUUCAAGGCUGACUGAAAGCGAUUUUGUCCUAGGCUAUCGACUUUGAUCCUAUUGAGAAACUACCCAGGAUUCACCAGAAGUCGUGCGUGGUCGCAGGAAAGGCACCCACAUUUGUCAGUGCAAGCAUCAUUUUAAAGGAAAUGCCUCUAUUGGGCAUGCUGCCAAAUGCCUGUGGGCCCAGCUGCUCAGGGCACUGAGCCUAGGAGUUCAACACUAGCCCAGACAAAAUAGUGAGACUCAGGAUUGUUUGCUUGCUUUGUUUGUUUGUUUGUUUUAAUAUUAGUCUUAAAUUUGGAGGCUAAUGGGCAGGUGUGAUUGGGAGUAUCUGAAAUUUUGUGUUCCUUAGAAGUUGAUUAGAUCCAAAUCAACCAUUCAUAAGUAAAUAUCUAAAACCUAUUUAAAUCCCGGGAGUUUACUGUGUUAGAUUGUAUGCACUUUAUAAGCUAGGGGAGGAGGAGCAAAGACAAAAAGUUUCUACUCACAGAACUCACAGAGGUCAGAGGAUUCCCCAGGAGACCCAGCAGACUCUUCCACAUCAACAGCUUCACGCCUUAGCUGAAGCCAAAGAAGAAAUUUGUCUCUGACUUCCGAAUCUCAGUUCUUAUCACUCUGCCUUAUUCCUAAAGAAAAAGUUAUGAUUGCACAGCUUCCCUGCUCCUAGCUAAAGGAAUGGUUUAGUUUGUAUGCAAAUAACAUUCUUUAAUCUCUGAAGUGUUUUUUUGUUCUGAAAAGAAAAUACACUUAGUUCCAAAAAAAAUUAAAUUGAGCCUCAGAAAACUAUCUUGAUUGACACUUACAAAGCAAAGUGUAAGCAGGAGCCAGCAUAAAAUGCGGCUUUUUGAAGACAGCCAAAGUGCAUUUCCUAAGCAAGCAAGUUGCGAGGGUGCAGCGCUUUUGCCACCUGGUUGUUUUCAAUACCUCUGGCCUUGGCCGUGCGAUGUUUUGCUUGGGGUUCCCUGGGCCAUUGAUUGUCUUGUUUUGAAUUCUCUGAAGGAAGUGCCUGCUUUCCCUCCCUGAAUCAGCUGUGCACAUGGUGGACAAGACCGCAUAGUUUCUUUGAGCUUGGCUAGUCACUGACCUGAGGGUAUCAGGUUGGUACACUCAGUUGGUAUCCUACAUGCUUCUAUUCAUUCUAGCAGCCAGCCCCAGCCCUCCCUCCUUCCCUUCCUUCCAUCCUGAUUGCCCUGUUUCCCCCCCUGAAGUAGUGGUGACCAACCCGGGCCUUCACGGUUGUAAGGUGUAUGUUCUACUCUUGAGCUAUAUCUCUAACCCCGAGACUAGUUUUCAGAACAUGUAUUACACCCUCUACGGGACAGGUCAGGAUUAAGUGUCCUGCAAGCUGACUUGUUCUGUGUCCUUCUAGUAUUUUCCAUGUCCUCCUGUGGCUGUUGCUCUAUGGAACACAUUGCUUCCUUUUAGCACUGAGCACCGUUUAUAGGAAAUGAUGGCUUUGUUUCAUUUCCAAUCUUCUAAUCUUAGUUUUGAAACUAAGAUUUCUUGACAUUUGGUUAUUAUGGACACACACACACACACACCCUGUAAAUUAAAGUUAAAAUUAAAAUCCAAGAUUCAGUGGCAUGGGUGUUUGUGAGGAUGUCUCCAUUUUGGUGGGUUGGCAUUCUGAGUUGGGUGUGUCCAGGCCCUGUUACAUAUUACAGCUUAUUUAGUAGCAUUCUUGGCUUCUAGUCACACAUCCCAAAUCAUCUCCACAACCUAUGUCAACCAAAAGUUCCUCUAGACAUUGCCAUGUGUCCCUUGGAGAGAAGUGUUGGGCCCCUCUCUUCUUCUAAACCACUAGCUGUAACCACAUUUACAUGUUAUUGAUGGACCGCCUCUCCCACCCCCCCAUGUUUUAAGUAUCAUCCAUUCAGCAGGAUCCAUAUCCUCCCUCUCCUAGGCUGGCCUGGAACUCUGCAUCCUGCAGCCCCGGCCUCCUGAGUCCAGGGUACUCACCAUCGUACAUGGAUCAGGACUCACUGCUUCCAAGCAGUCUCUUAAAAAGUCAUUCUUUGCUGUGCCGAGGCUCCAAGCCAAACCCUUGUUACAUGGCAUCCACUUGGACCCUGGGCUGGCCCUGCAGCCUAGCGGUUAGUAACACAAGGCAGCAGGUCCCCUCACCCUGGACCGCAUGGUGGGUGUGAGGCUAGCCUUGCUACGUGAGAUCUGAGCUUGGCUCUGUCCUGGCCUCAUCUCCUGUCACCUCUUUGUGCUUUUGAGUUUAUAGCCAGUCAAGUGACCACGAGUGGGAACAAGGUUAUCAAACCAGGAAAACGGUUUCUUAAAAAGAACCUGUGUCAGACCCAAAUCCGAAGUGGAUAAAAUCUUCUUAGAAUUUGGAAAAUAUAUGUUAUGUUCUGACACUUCCUCUCUUCCUACCCACCCCUGCCCCAGGCUUUUCUUAGCUAAGUGGGGCCUGCGCCUUCUGGUGGGCUGGCACCCUUAGGCUGGAGAUGCUGAACCUUCUCUGAAUUGUAGUGAGUGCUCUGAUUGUCAGGGGAGAGCCAUCCUCUCCAGGAGGCUGGGGUUAUGUUACAGUAUUGUGGAGUUUUGUUGCUUAACAUCCUCCUUCUGUUCCCAAGGAAGAGAUCGCCAAAGCAUAAUCAUCACAUUUGGGGGGCGGGGGUUGUUAAAACUUUAAGGUACAGAGUUUCAAUAACUUCUUGCUAAUUGCAUGUGAAUCCCCCACAAUGGAUGUACAUAUACAUACCUGUUGCAGGUAAAAAAAAAAUGUUCAAUGGUGCUGUAAAUGAAACGUUUUGAAAACUCAAAAUGCCUGUGACAUGUUUGUGGAAAUUAAACAGAUAAGUCAAAACAGA